CACCAAGACAGUGAACCUUUGGAGUUUGAUAUGAUGUGAUCACACACACACACACAGCCGGUGAGGCCGCUGAUGACACGUGGACACGCACACACUCUGUCCUCAGAAUGACACAGCUCUGAGCGGAGGGAGGUGAUCUCUGAAAUUGCUCAGUGAGCACCCCUAAUUUCCCUGAUUUUCAUAUUGCUGUCAAUCACACCCAAUGGAAUCCAAUCAGAAAGCAAGCGGGGACGGGCUGGCGGGGACGCCGAAGGAGGCAGCACUGCGAGCGCUCAUGCAACGCACAGGAUACCAACUGCAGCAGGAGAACGGCCAGCGGCGGUACGGAGGCCCGCCGCCUGGCUGGGACGGGCCGCCACCGGAGAGAGGCAGCGAGAUCUUUGUGGGGAAGCUACCGAGAGAUCUGUUUGAAGACGAACUGGUUCCACUCUGUGAGAAGUUCGGUAAGAUCUACGAGGUGAGGAUGAUGAUGGACUUUAACGGGAACAACAGAGGUUACGCCUUCGUCACCUUCAACACCAAACAGGAGGCCAAAGCAGCCAUGAAGCAGCUCAACAACUAUGAGAUCAGGAAUGGCCGCCUCCUGGGAGUUUGUGCCAGCGUGGACAACUGCCGUCUGUUUGUAGGCGGGAUUCCCAAAACCAAGAAGCGCGAGGAGAUCCUGACUGAGAUGAGGAAGGUCACUGAUGGGGUUGUGGACGUCAUCGUGUACCCCAGCGCUGCCGACAAAUCUAAGAACCGAGGCUUCGCCUUCGUCGAGUACGAGAGCCACCGAGCAGCCGCUAUGGCCCGCCGCAAACUGCUGCCAGGUCGUAUUCAGCUGUGGGGUCACGCCAUCGCCGUGGACUGGGCGGAGCCUGAGGUGGAGGUGGACGAGGAUACCAUGGCAACUGUCAAGAUACUCUACGUCAGGAACCUGAUGCUGCAGACCACCGAGGAGACCAUCGAGAAGGAGUUUAACAGCCUCAGACCAGGUGCAGUGGAGCGAGUGAAGAAGAUCAGAGACUACGCCUUCGUCCAUUUUACUCAGAGAGAAGACGCCAUCAACGCCAUGAACGCCCUCAACGGAAAGAUGGUUGACGGUUCUCCUAUCGAGGUGACUCUGGCUAAACCGGUGGACAAGGACAGUUAUGUCCGUUACACCAGAGGGACUGGCGGGCGGGGAGGACCUCUGCUGCAGACCGACUACACUGCCUACACUCUGGGACAGGUUUACGACCCCACGGCAGCGUAUCUUGGUCCGCCCGUGUUUUAUGCCCCUCAGGCCUACACCGCCAUACCAGGUCAGUUUCGCUUCCCGCCAGCCAAAGCUCCAGUUGGAGGCCGAGGUCUGAUCAGGACGCCGUCUGUUAGAGAAAUUUACAUGACUGUACCUGUAGGGGCUGCCGGGGUGCGGGGGCUGGGUGGGCGGGGCUACCUGGCCUACGCUGCCGGGGUCGGAGCCAUGGGUCGAGGCGGCAGCGCCUCCUAUGGCCUGAAGGUGGACAAGCAGGCGGAGGAGAAGCUGUAUGACCUGCUGCCGGGUAUGGAGCUGACCCCCAUGAACCCCGCCUCCAUGAGCCUGAAGGCCACCGCCAUCAAACCUGCACCACAGGUUCUGGAGGAGUUGUGUCAAAAGAAUAACUGGGGUCAGCCCGUCUAUCAGCUCCACUCUGCCAUCGGUCCAGACCAGAGACAACUCUUUCUCUACAAGAUCACCAUACCAGCUUUGGCCACACAGUACCCCAACGUCCAUCCCUUCACGCCCGCGAAGCUGUGUGCGGCAGUAGAAGAAGCUAAAGUCCACGCAGCCGAGCACACCCUGCAGACGCUCGGUCUGCAGACGGAGGGCGCCGCCGAGUCCAGCUGUGCUACUGCUGCCGCCGUGGCCUCAGUAGCCUUCCCAGGUUACACUCUGGCGAGCCCGGCGGCGGCGGCGGUCGCCUCCCAGCUGAAGCAGGCUGUGUCUCUGGGGCAGGACCUGACCGCCUACACCACCUAUGAGGGCUACCCGGCCUUUGCUGUGGCGACGCGCCACACCGACGGAUAUGGCGUUUUCUAGAUCGGCGUUUUCUAAAGAGGAAAAACACUCGUAGCUGAGGUCGCAUUCACACCAAGCUGCUUCACAUUUUCCAUGUUAAACUGGUUUUUAAAAGUUUCCUCUUUCUGAUUGGCUGCUUGAAAACGGUACAGGCUCGUCCGCAGUGUGAACUCUGUGUGAGGCAGAGUUUUCUCUACAAAAUCUAAAGCAGAGUCGUGUGAAUGCACCUUCUACAUCGAGACAAAACCGCUGUGGCCGUUCGACACAGACACAUUUUGGACUCGCCAGUCGCCCUGAAACAAAUUCACCUCACCUGACACACUUUCUUUUCUCAUGUUCUCUCUCUCUGCUCUUCUCCCUUUAUUUGAUCAGAAUUAUGUGUACGUACUUAUCUGUGAUCAUUGUAUGGUUGAUUACGUAGCUGGCCUGUGAUUGGCUGUAGCUGUGAAUUCAUGUUUUGAUCAGUUAAUCAGUUUUAGUUUGUUUGCUUGUUUCUAGUAGUAUGUUUACAAUAGAUUUUGUUAUUUUAUCCUACUUUGCAACCCUGCAUUAUUAUCUCCAAGAUAAGAUAGCUGGGAUUUGUAGUUCUUCUCUUAGUGUCUCUAACUUUCAACUGCAAAUAUAUUUUUGCACUGUUGUCUACUUUUUGACCACUUCAGUGAUGUAGUUUGUCACAAUACAACAGAAGAAAACUUGAAGAUACAACUGACAUGUGGACGGAGUCUGGGAUUGUAAAAUGGAAGCCGUGUUUUGGACAUUCUGGAUGAUUUAGUUUAACAAACUGUGAAUUUGUAGUUUUUAGAUUGCGUCCAUCUGAACGGAAACCAAAUGAACAUGGUGUCAUAAACCUUUCCUCCCACAUCCUUAACACAGGAGACCAACGCUUGGACUAAAUGUUUUCACUUCAUUCUGAUGUGUGUUACGUUAACAAAAAGAAGAAAGCUCACUGCUGUUCUGCUACACCGAUGCUCAGCAUUAAACCAAAACGCCUUCAUGUAAACCUCAGAAUCAGAACAGAAACAUCAGCUGUCAAAAUGCUUCAGGGCUUCUUUACCUUGUUUCAGUAUUUUCAUGUUCACAUCGUGUGUCAUUUGUUCCACAUCUACCAAAAAAAGACCAGCCAGCUGCGACCCUAAAACUCACCUCGUCUCCACAAUUUUUCCACCCUGUCGCCAAACAACAACGACGAUUCGCCAAACCUCAGAUUACGUUCAGUUUAUUUGGAAAGAGCUUUUACGGCUGUCCCUAAAUGAUGGUCUCAAAUAUAGGAAUUCAGUUCAAACAAAUUAGAGCCACUAAAAAUCUAAAUCUAAAUUUGUUUCCUCAUUGAAACCAUCUCUGUUUAACUAUUGAUUUGAAUAAAAUAUUAAAAUGAUAUUUUUCAAAAAAGGUGGUGAGUGUGAGGUUGUGUUGUGCACAAGACAAAUCGAUGUCUCUUUUUCCAACAACAACCAAAGCAGACGAAGCAUCAGCAGCAUCAGCAGCAGCACAGAUCAUUCAGUCCGACUUGAGUUUUCUUUCUUUUGUGUUUCUGGAGAGUUUUACAAUUGACGACACACGCUGACAUCCGAGCUGUGAACAUGCCAAAGCAGAGACAGUAUUAAAGUGUGUGAAGCACUUAGAACUUAUUUUUAUACCAGGAAAAAGAAUAAAUAUCCAGAUGCUAUUUGUAUAGAGUUAUUUUGAAUUCUCUUUGGCUUCGUAAUUGACCUGGAAACAGAAACGUGACACUGAAUCAGUACUAAUCUGUAAUGAGAAGAGAGAAUUGUGGGUAUUCUGGAGGGUUUUCAUAACAUAAAAAGAAAACUGCUUUGAUAAAUUCUGAUGUUUUAUGAUCCAUAAUAUUCAAGAAAUAAACAAAGUAAAAUCUGAA